AUGACCCCCGAAGAAGCGCGCGACGCCGCCAGGCAGGCGAAAUGGCUCGUGCCCUCCAACGACGACCCGAAACUCAAGGUUGCUCUCACCCUCGCUGUCUUCUUCUGCAUCUGGGUGUUCCUUCUCACCCUCUCCAUCAUGGGCACCGGUUUCAAGCUCCUCGGAGGCAAGGACUCUGCCAAGAUGUUCGACGUCGCGGACAACCCAAUCUCUGCCCUCCUGAUUGGUGUGCUCGCCACCGUGCUCGUCCAGUCUUCCUCGACCACUACCUCCAUCAUUGUCGCCAUGGUUGGUGCCGAUGAGCUCUCCGUCAACAUCGCCAUCUUCAUGGUCAUGGGUGCCAACAUCGGUACUUCCGUCACCAACACCAUCGUCGCCAUGGGCCACUUCGCAAACCAGGAUGACCUCCGCCGCGGCUUCGCCGCCGCCACCGUGCACGACAUUUUCAAUAUGCUCAACGUAUUGAUCUUCCUUCCCCUCAACUGGAUCUACCCCUUCCUCGCGAAGAUGACCUACGAGAUGGCCAAGGACCAGAAGCCCUGCGAGGGUGACAAAUGCAAGAAGACUGAGUUCCUCGGUCCUUACAUCUCCCCGUACUCCAAGGGCGUCGCCAACUACGACAAGAAGAUGACCGACAACGGCGCGGGUACCUUCCUCACCAUCGUCUCCCUCAUCUCGCUCUGCUCGUGCCUCUUCUGCAUCGUGUACAUGCUCCAGAUCAUCAUGAAGGGCGCCGCUGCACGCGUGCUCCAGAAGGUGGUUGGCUUCAAUGGCUACCUCAACAUCGCCAUCGGCUGUUUCAUCACCAUCAUGGUGCAGUCCUCCUCCAUCACCACCUCCACCCUCACCCCCCUCGCGGCCGUGGGUAUCAUUUCCCUCAACGAUAUGUUUCCCCUCACCCUCGGCGCCAACAUCGGCACCACCCUCACCGGCAUCAUGUCCGCCUCCGUCGUCACCUCCAACCCCGUCAACGGCUGGCAAGUUGCGCUUGCUCACCUCUUCUUCAACAUCUUUGGUACCCUCAUCUGGUAUCCAAUCCCCAAGGUUCGUGAGAUUCCCCUCAGGGCCGCCCGGUUCCUCGGCCACUGCACUGCCCACCCCCAGUACGGCAGCCUUUUCCCCUUCGUCUACGUCUCGAUGGCCUUCUUCAUCAUCCCCGGCAUCGCGUACGGCAUCGCCUCUGCAUAA